GGGCUUCAUAUUCGGUGUUACAGAAGCCCCUAGGACCCCUCUCUAAUGAAACUAUGGAAGUACAAGGGGCAACAGGAGAAAUUAAAAAUUAUAGAUGGACCACAGAUCAGACUGUUGAUGCAGGACAAGGAACUCACUCUUUUAUUGUUAUCCCUGAAUGCCCUUUCCCAUUGCUGGGGUGGGACCUUCUAAGCAAACUUCAGGCAACUAUAUCAUUUUCAGGGGAGAUGCCUACACUACAAUUGGGGAGUCCUACAAGAGCCUUAACUAUAACAUGCCCAUUAAGUGAGGAAUAUCUGCUUUCUCAAAAUCCUAUCCAAGCUUCAGUGGGAAAAUGGAAAAAACUAUUAAUCCAAGAAAUUCCUGCAGUUUGGGCUGAAGAUAACCCUCCGGGGUUAGCUAAACAUGUGCCACCAGUCUUAGUCCAACUAACCUCUGGGGCUAUGCCCAUUCGGGUUAGACAAUACCCCAUUAGCUCUGAAGCCAGAGAAGGCAUCAAAAUUCAUAUCAGACGUCUCCUAAAAGAGGGAAUACUAAUUAGAUGCCAGUCAACCUGGAACACCCCUUUGCUGCCGGUCCAAAAGACUGGGACUCAUGAUUAUAGACUGGUACAGGACUUAAGAGAAGUAAACAAAUGGGUGGAAACUGUACACCCAACCCUCCCAAACCCUUAUACCUUGCUCAGUAUGUUGCCACCAGAACAUACAGUCUACACCGUAUUAGAUCUGAAAGAUGCAUUUUUCUCCAUUCCUUUGUCAAAACUGAGUCAGCCCAUCUUUCCAUUUGAAUGGACUGACCUGGAACAGGGGAUAUCAGGACAACUAACCUGGACUCGACUACCUCAAGGAUUUAAGAACUCCCCCACCAUCUUUAAUGAAGCACUCAACAAAGAUUUGAGCCUCUUCCGCAGUGAGUACCCCGAGAUAACCUUGCUCCAAUAUGUGGAUGAUCUUUUACUAGCAGCAAGGGAUGAAAGGGACUGUUUAAGGGCCAUCCAGGGUUUAUUGAGAACCUUGGCUCAAUUGGGGUCAGUCUCCAAAAAGAAAGCAAAAAUCUGUUCUCCUCGAGUUACUUAUCUAGGAUAUGAACUGAGGGAAGGGAAAAGGCUGCUAUCCCAAGCCCACAUAGAGGCCAUAAUGAAGAUCCCAAUCCCAACUACUAAAAGGCAAGUUAGGGAGUUCCUGGGGGCAGUUGGGUACUGCCGUCUUUGGAUACCUGGAUUUGCUGAGAUUGCCAAGCCUUUAUAUACUGCAACUGCAGGGGGCAACUCACCCUUAGUUUGGACUGAAGAAAAUGAAUUAGCUUUUAAGAAUCUAAAAAAGGCCCUGGCACAGGCUCCAGCCCUAACCCUCCCUGAUAUCUCUAAGCCCUUCCAUCUGUAUGUUCAUGAGAAAAAGGGCAUUGCAAAAGGGGUUCUUACCCAAAAUCUAGGGCCAUGGAAAAGGCCUAUUGCCUACAUUUCAAAAAGGCUGGAUCCAGUAGGGUCAGGAUGGCCCCCUUGUUUACGAGCCAUAGUGGCUACUGCACUUCUGGUGAAGGAAACAGACAAGCUUACCCUAGGGCAGACUCUAACUGUGACUGCCCCUCAUGCAGUGGAAGCUCUAUUGAGGGAUGCCACAAAUCAUUGGAUGUCAAAUGCCCACCUCACUCAAUAUCAAGCUCUACUCCUAGAUAAAGACAGAUUAAUCUUCAGUAAAUCCCUGGCCAUCAAUCCAGCGACUCUGCUGCUGGACAGCAAUCCAGAGGAGCCAAUUCAUGACUGUUCAGAGAUGCUGGAUGUCAUCCAAGGUACUCGACUAGACCUGACUGACAUUCCUCUCACCGUCAGAGACGCAGACCUUUACAUCGAUGGCAGCAGCUAUGUCCGGGAUGGAAUAAGGUAUGCAGGGGCAGCUGUAGUCACAGGUCAAAAAGAAGUUAUUUGGGUACAGGCUCUGCCCAGGGGCUCAUCAGCCCAGAAAGCAGAAAUCAUUGCUGUGACACAGGCAUUGAGAUGGGCAAAAGGAUAACGGGUGAAUAUCUACACAGACAGCCGUUAUGCCUUUGCUACAGCACAUGUGCAUGGACAAAUAUAUAAACAAAGGGGACUUCUAACCUCAGAUGGCAAGACCAUCAAAAAUAAACAAGAAAUUCUUGAACUACUGGAGGCAAUUUGAUUACCAGACAAAUUGGCUAUUAUCCACUGGCCUGGACACUGCAAAGACGAUAGUCCUCAGACCCAGGGUAAAAACCUGGCAGAUCAAACAGCCAGGGAAAUAGCCCUUGGAGAGCCAAAAUACCAAGCUGUCCUAGAGCUCUCCAAUUAUCCAAAAUUUCCAGUUAAAUUUUGGGAAGAGGCCCCGUCAUAUACUACAGAAGAAAUAAACUCAUACUCCUCAAUGGGGGCCCAGCAAAACUGUCAUGGCUGGUGGAUCCUCCCAGAUAAAAAAAUCUGCAUACCUAAGCUACUAGGGAGAAAAUGGUUAACUAAUCUUCAUCAAGCCAUGCAUUUUUCCCCCAAGAAGAUGUCAGAAUUGAUCUCACCCUAUGUCUGGCUACCAGGACAUCGAGAGAUGCUUCAAGAUAUCUCAAAUCGAUGCAUGACAUGUGCACAGGUAAACGCUAAAAGGAACCAACUUCCACAAGGAAACAGGAGUCAAGGUACUGUACCUGGUGAAUUUGGGGAACUAGACUUCACUGAAAUUAAACCUGGACUAUAUGGAUAUAAAUACUUGUUAGUCUUUGUUGAUACUGUCUCAGGCUGGGUAGAGGCUUUUCCAACCCGGACGGAAACAGCACAAAUACUAGUUAAAAAGCUAAUAACUGAGAUUGUUCCUAGAUUUGGCCUCCCUCUAAUUUUGGGGUCUGACAAUGGCCCGGCCUUCACGGCCAAAUUAUCUCGAUUGAUUUCAAAGGCCCUUAAUAUAAACUGGAAAUUACACUGUAUGUAUCAUCCUCAAAGCUCAGGGAAAGUAGAAAGGAUGAAUAGAACAUUGAAGGAAACACUGACUAAAUUAAUUCUUGAGACUGGUGGUAACUGGGUUGAUCUCCUGCCUUUUGCCCUGCUGAGGGCCCGUUGUACUCCUUAUCGGGAAAAAUUUACCCCUUAGGAAAUAAUAUAUGGGCAGACACCGCCUAUGGUUCCCAGAAUACAUCUAGAUCUGCUGGGAGACAUUCCAGUCUCAGAGGCACUUAAAGGGUUACAACUAAUCAUGGAUAAGAUCUUUCCUCAGGUCCAGGCUGCUCAACACAUGGGACACAGAUCGCCUGAUCAUUCAUUCCAGCCUAGAGAUGCUGUGCUGAUAAGAUGGUUAAAAACCAACAGUCUUGAACCCAUGUGGAAAGGCCCUUACAUCAUGAUUCUCCGCACUCCCACUGUCCUCAAAGUUGCUGGCAUUCCUGCAUGGAUUCACCAUUCACAGCUUAAGAAGGCACCUGCAGAACCCACUGGAGGAGAAUCAAGCAACCAAAGGUGGAGAGUGACUAAACGUGGACCCUUUAAAAUUAAAAUUUUUAAGGGUUAAUGUUUUGUCAUUAACUUCUCAUUUUUUUCCUUGUCAUUGUAAACAUUAUGCUAAUGUUUUUCACUUGUUGUAAUAUAUAUGUAUUCUUGGGUUUUAGCUAUGCCAGUUUCAACGAACCUUGCACCCCUUCUGUAGCCCAGGUAGGACCUGCCAUUGCAGGAUCCCCACUAAUAUUAAAUUGCACUUACUCCUGUCAGGAUCCAAUAAUCGGCCCUAUCAGAUGGUAUAAAGAUAACCAAGAAG